GUUUCUUCUUGAGACACGGCCUCACUCCCGCCACCCGGGCUUUUCUACGGGGUAGUUUUCCUUGUUUGCUUCUGUCAAAUUUACAACUUUUUAUUUCAUCCCUAUCAAUUGUUGAUCCAUUAGCACAUAGCUAUGAAAAUAUUAUCACCCAUGCUGUGAGAUACGUUGUUGUUAUGUUCAUCAUUUCUUUAAUAAACCGAAGCUUUUAGUUGGGAUACCUUCUGAUUUCUCAAGUUUUUUCUUUCAUGUUUUCUUAAACUGCCGUCGUACGUCCGAAACCACCGGCUAUACAUUCUCAUGACUAUUUUUCUUUUCUGGCAAACACAAAUUUGGGGAAUGUCAUCGAUUAGUCUCUCGGUGAUUGCAUGAUUUCCCGAAAGUGUUUCACACUCUACAUUGUGCGCUGAGUAUCUCCUCAAACUUCAGUGCAGGUUUCUACCACUUGAUGCUUUAUUAUUUGGGAAGCUAGCUUCGGCAAGAGCAUUUCAUGCAAAGACUUGCCUUGUUCCCCACUGGCAGGUAAUUUCACUCGGAUAUAGAAUCACUAGGCUGGACAUGGAAAGAUUAUCGCUGGAAGGUCUAUUUGAUUCCACGUAUCUCUCCUUUCUUAUGAAGGAAAAAAUACGCGGUGCUAAUUACUAGAAUUCAUUGACUAUUCUCAAGUCAGAAAGCGCACUUCUGACUUCUUGUCCUUCAAUCGCUGAAAGGAUGAUGGUAUCUGCCAAAAGCACGUACUUGGAAGUACAUCCCAGCACAAACACACACACACACACGCACGCACACACACACACACACACACACGCACACACAGAGUUUCACAGGUAAAGAUUUCUUCCCUGACAUUGCUUUACCUAUAAUAAGGCAACUGUGUGGCCACUGUCCUAACCCGCUUACACUCAUAUUAUAUGUGCCUAUCAUCCUGAGGAGUAAUUGGAUUCAGGUGUUCUAGAAAUCAUGAUGUGGGCUGUGUCUGUUGAAUUCCCAGGAAUGCAGGGGGACACACCCUGUGACUCAUUCCUUAAUUGAGUGCUGAUAUUUGAUUGGUUUAUCGUGAACCGGAUGGGUGGGUGGGGUGUUCGGGGCUGGUGGAGAUGAGUUAUUUAAGGGCUGAUGCGGCCAGAGGGCUCGUCGUUUGAAGACUCUCUCGGAAGAGAUAGCGUCUCUCUGCAACCUGCGGUCCCAGCAGAGAAACCCUGUGAUCCCUGUUCCAGGCGACAUGGAGCACGACUCACUCUCCUCGGGGGGUGAGUGGCACUUCAACCGCUUUUCAAAACUCACAUCUUCUCGGCCACAUGCAGCUUUUGCUGAAAUCCAGCGGACUUCUCUCCCUGAGAAGUCACCACUCUCAUCUGAGACCCGUGUCCACCCCUGUGAUGAUUUGGCUCCUGUGGCAAGACAGCUUGCUCCCAGGGAGAAGCUUCCUCUGAGUAGCAGGGGACCUGCUGCGGUGGGGGCUGGGCUCCAGAAUAUGGGAAAUACCUGCUACGUGAAUGCUUCCCUGCAGUGCCUGACAUACACACCGCCCCUUGCCAACUACAUGCUGUCCCGGGAGCACUCUCAAACUUGUCAUCGUCACAAGUGCUGCAUGCUCUGUACUAUGCAAGCUCACAUCACACGGGCCCUCCACCGUCCGGGCCAUGUCAUCCAGCCCUCACAGGCAUUGGCUGCUGGCUUCCAUAGAGGCAAGCAGGAAGAUGCCCAUGAAUUUCUCAUGUUCACUGUGGAUGCCAUGAAAAAGGCAUGCCUUCCCGGGCACAAGCAGGUAGAUCCUCACUCUAAGGACACCACCCUCAUCCACCAAAUAUUUGGAGGGUACUGGAGAUCUCAAAUCAAGUGUCUCCACUGCCAGGGCAUUUCAGACACCUUUGACCCUUACCUGGACAUCGCCCUGGAUAUCCAGGCAGCUCAGAGUGUGAAGCAAGCUUUGGAACAGUUGGUGAAGCCCGAAGAACUCAAUGGAGAGAAUGCCUAUCAUUGUGGUCUUUGUCUCCAGAAGGCGCCUGCCUCCAAGACGUUAACUUUACACACUUCUGCCAAGGUCCUCAUCCUCGUAUUGAAGAGAUUCUCCGAUGUCACGGGCAACAAACUUGCCAAGAAUGUGCAAUAUCCUGAGUGCCUUGACAUGCAGCCAUACAUGUCUCAGCAGAACACAGGACCUCUUGUCUAUGUCCUCUACGCUGUGCUGGUCCACGCUGGGUGGAGUUGUCACAACGGACAUUACUUCUCUUAUGUCAAAGCUCAAGAAGGCCAGUGGUAUAAAAUGGAUGAUGCCGAGGUCACUGCUUCUGGCAUCACUUCUGUCCUGAGUCAACAGGCCUAUGUCCUCUUUUAUAUCCAGAAGAGUGAAUUGGAAAGACACAGUGAGGGUGUGUCAAGAGGCAGGGAACCAAGAGCCCUUGGCCCUGCAGACACAGACAGACGAGCAACGCAAGGAGAGCUCAACAGAGACCCCUGCCUCCAGGCACCCGAGUUGGACGAGCACUCGGUGGAAAGAGACACUCAGGAAAGCACCUUAGACCACUGGAAAUUCCUCCAAGAGCAAAACAAAACGAAGCCUGAGUUCAACGUCAGAAAAGUCGAAGGUACCCUGCCUCCCAACGUAGUUGUGAUUCAUCAAUCAAAAUACAAGUGUGGCACCAAAAACCAUCAUCCUGAACAGCAAAGCUCCCUGCUAAACCUCUCUUCGACGAACCCGACAGAUCAGGAAUCCGUCAACACUGGCACACUCGCUUCUCGGCAAGGGAGGACCAGGAGAUCCAAAGGGAAGAACAAACACAGCAGCAGGGCUCUGCUUCUGUGCCAGUGAUCUCAGUGGAAGUGCUGACCCACACGUAGGGGUGCACACACACACACACACACACACACACCCGGGCGCACACACACAGACACACACACACACAAAUACACCCACAAGCGCGCACGGAAUCACACAGGCACCCACACAAACACCUACACCGUCAGUCCUUCACAAAGCAAUGAGGAGCCCAAGUAUCUGCCUGUACAACGGGGACAACUGGAUAGUGAUGGCUGCGUCUCAGGAUGAGCCCACACAUGGGAAACAUCAAGUUUUGGGGUCGUGAGUCUUCCCAACCUGUGGAGGGCCUCUCUGUGUGUUUGCGUUCACGGUAGAUGACAUUCAGUGUGCAUUUCUAAACAUGACAUAUUGACGUGUGGGUUUGCCUGUCAGGUUAUUGCAGGGGACUGGGUUUACUAUUUUCUCUUCGGGUGUGUUCCAUCCGUCAGCUGUUGGUCGGCAGGAUGAAGGUGAAAUUAUGCUAAUGCGGGACAUCUGUGGAUCAUUCUCGCCACCUUGAAUAGUGGAAACUGGAAUGCAUUUGGAAGACAGGAAGGGUGUUCUUCGUUGGUACCCUGGCUCGCCGUUUUUACGUUGGUUUUUGAAUGGACCUCAGGCGCCCUAGGACUUGUGCUCUCGGUGGAACCCACAUAACGCCGGAAACUCACAGACCGACUUGCCUGUUUCACGGUGUCCACUUCCAACGAAUUGAAAUGAAAAAUUUUCCCACGGGCAUGUAAGUCGUUUGGAAGGAAGUCGUAGGGAUAACAAAGGAAAUCAAACACAGGAGUGUGUGUAUUCAACUAAAACCACAUCAGAAAGCCCUGAAGUAAAUCUCAUUUGGUGUGUUUACAAAUGGCAUUUGGGGAGAUUGCAGGUCAGGCGUCCAGCUGCGAAAGCUGCAUCUCUGAAGCACAGUCCCUGUCCUGUCAUCAGACUUCUUUAUCCGACGUGGUGUUUCAGUGGAAAUGAUUGCGGGAAAUGGCCCCUUCCUUUUCUGUAUUUGCUGAUGAGAUUUCACGGUCCCUUUCUCGUUAGGUGCAGUGACCAAAGUUGACCAACCCCUGAGGAAAGUUGUCCAGGGCACAACUCAGGGCUCCGUAGAACCACAGAAUCUUGGGGGCAACCCUGCUCGAGCACCCAAGUGCGCAUACCAACAGGGUCUCUGUGUGACGUUGUGUGAAAACUACAGUGUGAUGAGCAUGAUUCGCAGACAGGUUAUCGAUUGGGAUCACCUCUAAAUCAGUUAUGAGCAUUAAAGGACACCCAUGCCCAGGUCCCGCCUCCAGGAAGAAGACCCUCCAGCGUUUUGUGUGAAGCCACGGCAUCUGGAUUCCUCAUGCUUCUGGGGAUCAUUCUCCUGGAAAUGGUGGCUCCUUUCUCCCUGUGGAGCGUCUUUCUAAGCAGUGCUCCUUUCUUCCCCCAGGACGCUUUACCUCUGGCACGGGAAGCCUUCUGAUUGAGCACGCCUGGCCUCAUGAAAAGACAAGGGAAAGAAACGGGGCCAAAGGUCACAGUCCUCUCAUUCCACCAUCCUCCUUGAAACCAUCCCAAUUUCACGGGCCCAGAGGCCAGGGCUGUGUGUUUACACCUCGAGGCCUCGGCACCGGGCCUAAAUUCUGCCCCGUUUCUUCCUGUCUAACACAUUUUGGGAAAAUCCCUAGAGCCAGGAUCUUCAUUCCUGCUAAGCUAGGGAGCCUGCAGACACACCCAAAUUCUGUCCCUCUUAGUUCAGGGAACAUGUCCACUUUCAUCAUCAUUCAAAUUUGCACCAAAUGUGCUAACUGCAAUUCCACCACACAAUGCGUGACCACAAGUGGAGGCAACAUCUCAGAUCCUGAACAAUUGACGCAAGAAUCCAUGAGAUACACGGCUUAUUUUUGCCUUUUCCCACUGAAACGGGGGCCAGUGUUAACAAUGUUAGACAAUCCUCUGUUUCACUCCCUGUUUUUAAAUGUCUCCGAUGGUUUCUUCUUGAGACACGGCCUCACUCCCGCCACCCGGGCUUUUCUACGGGGUAGUUUUCCUUGUUUGCUUCUGUCAAAUUUACAACUUUUUAUUUCAUCCCUAUCAAUUGUUGAUCCAUUAGCACAUAGCUAUGAAAAUAUUAUCACCCAUGCUGUGAGAUACGUUGUUGUUAUGUUCAUCAUUUCUUUAAUAAACCGAAGCUUUUAGUUGGGA